UAUUUCGACAACUGGUAGCGGUGUACCUGUAAUGCAUGCAACCUUCACCGUGGAUAUUAGAAAAAACCCUAUAAGAUUCAUCCAUCCACACUUGGUUUUGUGAAUUCGGCCCUCUUUUUGUACUUUCGCAAUCUCCAUUAGGCAUCAACGUAGCCUACGUCGCGGCAGUGAUUUUGGGGCUUUCGAUCUUCGCGGUCUGCAGAUCUGCAAAGCUGCUACUUUCGAGCUCGUAUUUCUGUUAAAUUACUCAUUUCAAGAUGUUCUGGCGCAUAACAGCUCUUUCCGCUUCUUCCCCUGUGGAAGCAGUGUUGGACAAGGACAACUUCACUUUGGAAGAGCUUCUGGACGAGGAAGAAAUAAUCCAAGAGUGCAAAGCUCUAAAUAGCCGCCUCAUAAAUUUUUUGCGUGAUAGAACCCAGGUGGAUCAGUUACUGCACUAUAUUGUAGAAGAAGCUCCAGAAGGCGCUGACAGCAAACGUACUUUCAAGUUUCCCUUCAUUGCCUGUGAGAUAUUUACAUGUGAAAUUGAUGUCAUCCUUAAGACUUUGGUAGAAGAAGAAGAGCUAAUGGACUUGCUUUUUUCUUUCUUGGAACCAAACCGUCCUCAUAGUACCUUACUGGCUGGGUACUUCAGCAAGGUUGUUGUGUGCCUUAUGUUACGGAAGACGGUCCCACUUAUGAAUUAUGUUCAAGUCCAUCAGGAUGUUAUCCGCCAGCUGGUUGAUUUGAUUGGAAUCACAUCGAUUAUGGAGGUUUUGGUUCGACUUGUUGGUGCUGAUGAUCACAUGUAUCCCAAUUUUAUGGACGUGAUGCAAUGGCUAGCUGAUAGUAAUUUGCUAGAAAUGAUCGUCGAUAAACUGAGCCCAUCUAGUCCUUCUGAAGUUCAUGCCAAUGCAGCAGAAACUCUCUGUGCUAUCACUCGAAAUGCUCCCUCGGCUUUGGCUGCUAAACUUUCUAGCCCAAGUUUUGUUGCAAGAAUAUUUGGUCAUGCACUGGAGGUUUCACAAUCAAAAUCUGCACUUGUGCACUCACUGUCUGUCUGUAUCUCUUUGUUAGAUCCCAAAAGAGCAGCUAUUUUCCCUUUGGCUAAUUCUUUCCGAAGUCAACAUUUAUAUGAUCCACCCAUUUACGUCAAUCCUGAGACUGUUGGUGCUAUGCUGCCAAAACUUGGGGACUUGCUUAUGCUUUUGAAUGUUUCCUCUGAUGAGAGGGUUUUGCCUACGUCAUAUGGCAAACUUAGGCCUCCUCUUGGGAAGCACCGCCUAAAGAUUGUGGAGUUCAUUGCAGUUCUAUUGAAGACUGGCAAUGAAGUUGCUGAGAAGGAAUUGAUCAGCUCUGGUACUAUCGAGAGAGUCCUGGAUCUAUUUUUUGAGUACCCAUUCAAUAACUCACUUCAUCAUCAUGUAGAGAGUAUUAUCUUAUCAUGCUUGGAAAGCAAGAAUUAUGCAAUUAUUGAUCAUCUCCUCCGAGAUUGUAAUUUAGUUGGUAAAAUUCUCCAGGCAGAUAAAAAUCCUGCUAUUCCUGGAGAUUCAAAUCAGCCAACCUUACCUGCUGCUAGAAGAUUUGCUCCACGAGCUGGCUACCUUGGACAUGUCACUCGAAUCUCUAACAAACUUGUUCAACUAGGACAUGGUAACAGUCACAUUCAGGCAUUUCUACAGGAAAAUGGUGAAUGGCUUGAUUGGCAAAGCACUGUUCUACAGGAGCGUAAUAAUGUGGAAAAUAUCUACCGCUGGGCCUGUGGUCGUCCAACAGCAUUGCAGGACAGGGCAAGGGAUAGUGAUGAAGAUGAUCUUCAUGAUAGAGAUUAUGAUGUGGCAGCGUUGGCUAAUAAUUUAAGCCAGGCUUUUAGAUACAACAUGUUCGAACAUGAGGGAGAGGAGGUCCAUGGAUCUCUUGAGCGAGAUGAUGAGGAUGUGUACUUUGAUGAUGACUCAGCUGAAGUUGUAAUAUCAUCACUGAGGCUUGGUGAUGACCAUGAAAGCAGUUUGUUCACAAAUUCCAACUGGUUUGCUUUUCAAGAUGAUAGAAUUGUUGGUGAACAUCUGAGCACCUCUCAGUCGGAGAAGAUGGAUGAAGUCAAUAUGACUGGAGCAACAAAUGGUGGCGGUAGCAGUAGUGACGAUGAGGUAGUGGUGGGAGAGGAUGACGAAUUAGUUGAAAGCAUAGUAGCUUCUGUAAACGGGGCAUCAAGUUCCAGCACAAAGAUUCAGGAUGAGUGCACUGGUAAUGGUCCUACAAGUGGGGGAGACCUGAAUCCCCAAAGUGACAAGGCAAGUGCUUCUGGUGAUCUGGGUUUCUUCCGGUUUGACACAACAGAUAGUAGCAACCCAUUUGGUGAUAGGCCAUUUCCUCAUUGGGUGGGGUGGCAAGAAUCGCCAGAUUUACAGGUUGGUGGAUCUGGGAGGAAUCCAUUCAGUGAUAAUGGCGCCUCCAAUAUUGAUAUUUCCAGCCCAAUGGAUUCUACUGGGACUACCAUCAAUCCUUUCUCUAAUGGGGAGGUGAAAAUGCAUAAUGGUGCAACGAGUUCUUUGGUUUCCAAUGAUGGGCCUGUGGGGACUGCUGCAAGUCACAUGACUGCUGUACCAUCAUUGUUUGAGGAGGAUGUUGAAUUUGUCGGUGUGGAAUUAGAGGGCACGGAGAAGGCAAUGGAGCAGGCCCUGAAAGAGGGGAUAGUAGGGGAAGCAGGUCCGUUGAAGAGGAAUCGUGAGCCCAAGGUAUCAGAGAAGUCCAAUGAGGAUGGUUCAGGGAUGUUUGAGUUCAACGAUACAAACUAUUGGAGGGUCGAUCAAGAGGUUGCUGUCGUUCAGGAGUGAUUGGUUGCUUAUGGGUUGCCUGUCUCGGUCAGAUAUUUGAGCCAUAUGUUACGGGUGCCGUGGAUGUUGGCGGCAAGGGUAUUCUGGCUCAUGUGUAUGUACAGUAUAUUUUUCCAAUUAGGGAUUGGGUACUGGAUCGUGUUAUGCUCUCUUUUUUUUUUGUUGUUGUUGCUAUUGUUGUUAUUAUGUUUUCUGUUCUGUUUCAUUUUUUACCCUUAACUGGGGAUUUUGUUUCGA